AUGGAACUAGUGUUCGACACCAACAACAAGUUCCUCGAGUACUGGGCCGACUCGCCAAUGAUCACCGUCACGGCAGAUGUCGUUGAUAUUACCCAGCCGAUGGUCAUUGCUACUGUCCCGAUCAAGUGGCAUGUUCGGUCGAAGCCGACGUUCAAGUGGGACCAUGUCCAUCGAGUCGCACAGAUGACGGUAGUUGAGUCAGGCCACUUGCUCAAUGACAAGCUUGAGCGAGUCGACAUGACCACGGCACCGGCAGCGGGCAAGUAUCGCUUCGUUACGAAUGAGGAAUGUGAGCCGAAUUAGCACGGGUCACAACACCUUCUAAUCUUUAACGUUGGUCGUACGAUGCUUGGCUCUUUCUGGCUCUCUUCUCUGAACAGGCGCAUCGCACUUCAUGCUUGUCACCGGACCGAUGGCAAGCGCCCCUACCGUCUCCCGGCGUGCAUCGCUGUAUGCGGCGACAGCAGCACCGUAAGCAACUCCGAGAGGUCUUCAGAAACUGGCCAGGUAAGAAGUACCACUGUGUCCGACCGAUGUAAGAUCUCCAAAACUACCCUUUGCGUUGCAUCAAUUUCUUCCACAGUACCCGUUUCGCAAAGCGCUCCUCGCUCGUGACCAAAGAUGUCUGGUCACAGGCCUCCCAGUCGAAUGCACCCUCGCAUGCCACUUCAUCCCAAUGAAUCGCCAAGACGUGGGUCGCAGUUUUAUCUGA